CGAGCCGCACCAGUUGACAAAAUUCCCAUCCUCCAAGCGGCUAAUGAGUAGCGUGAUUCAUGUCGAACCGGUCGGAGGUCAUUGGCGCUCCGCUCGUGAGGGAUUAAUCUAUUGGCUGUUUAUUAGUGCAGUGAUAAGCGGUGAUUUGGUAGAUGACUGUCGUAAAAAACAAAAGCGAAAAAUGGACAAAUCCGGUUGGCCAACUCUGCCCUGAAUGGGAUUAUCGCCGUUGUACUUCCUGCCAUCGCAGUCGGUGAACGUGACAAAUGAUCGACUCGGAUACUUUCCAAUAACUCCGCCGUAUCAUCACCAGUACGAUUACGUACCCCCAUCGGGUCUUGGAGCAAUGCAGUCCCCAACAAGAAAGACUUCAACGGGUUCUUCAUCCCCAACGACGGCUUCAUCUGCCGGAUCAGCAUCCUCGUCCGGAAUGCUGGGGCCCAUCGACCAUGGCCAGUCGUUGUAUUUUUACAUGAAUGCAGCUGGGAAGGAGGAAAUUACAUCAGUGCCAUUAUCGCCACCGCACACGCCACCACUAUUGUACACGACGCCCGGCGAGGGAGGCAGCAACUUUCUAGCCGGAAAUGACACCAGCGCUGCAACCGAUGCGGUCGCCGAUCAAUACGGAUUACCAUCGGACCUGAACGGGGACAACGGUGGCGCCAACUAUAAUUUGGCUGGCGGAAAUAGCCGGUGGAGCAAUAAUCGUAACAAUGACGAUGCUGGUGACGGCCAUGCCAGUGACAGUAAUGAGGGGCGCUUAUUCCCAGCACGAAAUUCCGUUAUCAUGAAGGUGGAAAACCAGCAAGUGGUGCCCCUGCUCGGAGAGGAGGGUUCCCGUGCAAUCGACCGGUUCGUGUGCAAGUGGGAGAACUGCUAUUGCGUGUUCUUCAAACUGGAAGAUCUGGCAAGUCAUGUCACGGCCAAGCAUGCCGUCGUCGGGCUCGGCGGUUUGUACUACUGCCGAUGGGAAAACUGUUUACGCCAGGAUCGGGGCUUCAAUGCCCGCUACAAGAUGCUGGUGCACGUUCGUACCCACACCAAAGAAAAACCGCACCAAUGUGGAAAGUGCGGAAAAUGCUUUUCGCGAGCGGAGAACCUGAAAAUCCACCUUCGUUCUCACUCAGGCGAAAAACCAUACGUUUGCCCGGUUGAGGGAUGCUUCAAAGCUUAUUCUAAUUCUUCAGACCGGUUCAAACACACACGCACCCAUUCAAACGAUAAGCCAUACAUGUGCAAAGUCGCUGGAUGCCUCAAGCGCUACACCGAUCCAUCAUCGUUGCGAAAGCACGUGAAAACCUUCAAACAUAUCAACCUGCUAGUAUCCCUGCCGCCAGAGCCCACAGAUUCUAAUUUCCAUCUCAUUCACCCUCAUCCGGCUAGCUAUCCUUCGGUACGAUACCGCAGUCAAAGCUCUGGAAGUCCCUGCAAGAUGGCAAGCGAUAACUCAUAUACCGACGACAGCCGAGCAUCUAGUACGACCACAACCGCCAGCAGUCCGGAGCUGGGCGACAGCGAAGAUAAUAAUGUGCUAAUUGAUGUCGUCAACGUCGACAAGUGUGAUGAAAAAUUAAUCUUCAAUGACUAUCGUUUCUUCCCGAGCCGAAAGCCCACGGGCCCUGCCGAUGACUGGCCGUCGGGAUAUCGGGGAAGAGCAUCGCUGUCCCCUCUGCUGAACGUAACCGAUAGAUUCCUAGAGGACCGAUACGAUGGGCAGUUCCUUUAUGAACCUGGACCGGAAUAUCGCCAUCAGCCAGGUAGUAGCAUCUCGAAAGGCUUCCUAGAGUCUGGAUCCACCUCUAUACAUUGUGGAAAGGGAGACGAUGAGGGUUUGUUACCAACGGCCGUAGAAGACGAUGAUUUGUGCAGUGCUAUACGCCGAUUGAACAACACUCGCAUUACCGGAGUACAUGCCAUGGAGGUUGAUGGACCAAUGGAUCUCAGUAUACAUCAUCGAUAACAUUGAGGGAUAUGUUUUGGCCUUGGAUCGAUACAUUUGUGUUCUUCAUGCAGCUAAAUAUAUAGUUCAUUGAACUAGCUUGUUUAGGCUACGUUUAGGUGCUCUCAUCAAAUGGAAAUCUUACAAAAAUGCCGCUUCUUAAGGUGAAACAUUGAAACAUUGUAAGUCACUAGCUUCUGUUGUGACAGUUGAAAUCGAUUCCCGGUAGGUAACUACAAGUCCCCAAGUGAGCCACGAGUUUAGUGAAAUGAACGAAAGUUGACUGUGUAAGCAUUUUCACAACCAAUCAAUAAAUACCUUGUGUCGUUGAAAUUUAAUCUGGUUAGUUCAAACCUAUUGGGAAAUUUUGCGUAACACAUGAGAUUAUAAAUUAAAAGCAUGUGAUGAUUGCAGAGUUUGUUCUUAUGAUAAAUAUACAAAUCUAUUGAA